AGAGCCUGUCCACCCAGAGAGGAGAGGAACCUCACUCCGGCUGUGAUGCGUAGCGGGGCUCUGCUGGCUCAACAACACUUCGAUGGGAUAAAACCUCCUGGUCACAUUUAACCGCUUAUUGUGUGUGUGUGUGUGUGUGUGAGUGUGUGUGUGCCGCGAGGACGGAGACGUGCUCUUGUAGCGCGAGCGCGAAUGACAUUAUCCCCCGCGUUUUUCCUUCACAGAAAAUCAAAAAUAUUUGGAGCUAACUUGGAGCCGUUUGGACGUUGAGCAAGUUUUGUUUUUUAUUUACUUGAAUCACAUUUGAGUCGUUUACUUAAAGGGAGCCCAAAGCCCAGGACGAGAUGGAGAGCGAAAAGUACUUGCCGGAGCUUAUGGCAGAGAAGGACACGCUGGAUCCGUCUUUUCAGCACUCCCUGCGGCUACUGGAUCAAGAGAUUGAAAAAAUUCAGAAAGAUGAGGGGAAGGAAGAGGAGAAGUUCAUCGACGUCGUCAUCAACAAGAACAUGAAACUGGGCCAGAAAGUUUUAAUACCAGUCAAGCAGUUUCCUAAAUUUAACUUUGUCGGCAAACUCCUCGGGCCACGCGGGAACUCGUUAAAGAGACUACAGGAGGACACUCUCACAAAGAUGUCAAUUCUCGGAAAAGGAUCCAUGAGAGACAAAGAAAAGGAAGAAGAGCUACGGCAGAGCGGCGAGGCGAAAUAUCACCACCUGAACGAAGACCUGCACGUCCUCAUCGAGGUGUUCGCCCCGCCGGCUGAGGCCUACGCCAGGAUGGGUCACGCUCUGGAGGAGAUUAAGAAGUUUCUCAUACCAGAUUACAAUGAUGAGAUCAGACAGGCCCAGCUGCAGGAGCUCACAUACCUGAACGGCGGCUCGGAGGAUGCCAAGGUGCCAUCGGUGAGGGGCAAGUCAGCCGCCCGUGGCAGAGGGACACCUGUUCCAGGGCCUCCCAGGAGUCGAGGAGGAGUUCCUCCCCUGCAUGCAGCGGUGCCCCGAGGAGCAGCACCCAGAGGGGCCCUGCCCAGCCGGGCUCCAUCUUCCAGAGGGAGAGGGGUUCAGAGAGCCAGAGGCGCCCCCCCAACUGCUGGAUACCGACCGGCUCCUCCCAUAGUUCAGGACACAUAUGGCGAAUAUGAAUAUGAUGACGGCUACGGAACAGCUUACGAUGACCAAGGAUAUGAAUCGUAUGACAACAACUACAGCAAUCAAGGACAAAACUCAGAUGACUACUAUGAAUACGGACACAGUGGGGAAUCAUAUGAUUCAUAUGGUCUGGAAGAUUGGGCAAGCAAGGCACCAUCAGCACGAACAACCAAGGGAGUGUACAGAGAUCAGCCAUACUCCAGAUAUUGAACUGUUUAUACAACUGGCACCUGAGGCUAUCACAAGUAAUGGAUUUUUUAUGGACGCUCCCACCUUUUUAGAAUUGAAAACUAAACCGCAAAAUAAUACGAAAUGGAACGGUCAUAGUGAGACACUGAAUGAGUAAAAACUGAUUUUCAAAAAUGGCAUCACCAUGAUUAUAAAAACAUCCUCCCACUGGGUAAAAUGUGUUGAGGUAAUCUAUCCUGUCCUUUAGGAGAAAUCGACUGGACGUUGAGAUUAAGAAAGACUCCAGAGUACAUUAAGUUUCUCUCUCAGCUAUGUGAUUGUGAAGAAUGACAUUGUAUCAAGCUAUUUUACUUGGUAAUGAUUAGUGAGUCACUAUAAGUUGCCGAUACAAUGUUUCUACACAGCUGCCAGUGCAACUUAAUUUAUCACCCUCUAUUCUUCGAACCUUGAACUGCGUCGUUGAUCAAUUUAAAAUGUAGUAGCUUAGUUCUAGGAAAGUGCAGUACUGUAGAUAUUUUUUCUGAGGGUAAUUGGUGAAAUUGUGUCCCUUGUAAAUUAAACAUUUACAAACUGAAACGUCAUAAUGUAUACAUAUUGUUUUGCUGUUUCCUCCUUUUUGUAAAAUAAUAGUUCUUUAGUGUUAAAGGGCUUAUAAAAGCAUGGUGUGCAACUGUGGAUAUUGUCAGCUGUUUUAUUUUGAAAAGCAUAUGUAGUUGUGUUCGUGAUUACCCCCCCAAAACAUCAACUUUAAAACAUCUAUAAAUAGCUGCUCAUACUUUCUGUACACCAAACAGCCAGAGUUGCAAAACAGUCAAGGAGCUUUUUAAUUUUUGUGAUUAUAAAAAAAAAGUAAUUUAGAUGUAAUUUUUUGAUUUAAUCAAAGAAACUUUUCUGACUUUGUAGCCAUAAUAAUCAAUCUUAAGCUACUAAAUCACAUGCUGGUGAAUCGGUAAUCAUUUCCAUCUAGAGAUUUGUUCAACUAUAUUGAUUUUGAGCUUAUGUAAGCCCUUUAAUAUUUUCU